UGGCAUUAGCCCGUCAACUUACCACUCAAGUUUUUCUCUCUGAAUGCUAAGUCAUGGCUCUCUUUGAACUUAGUGGCAUUAAUUCUCGUGCUAACUUUAAAACUACUGAAGAUGGUAAUUUAAACGACGAAGUGCAUUCCCUAAAUAUUUUUGGGAAUCCUACUCAACUAGCCUUGCCGCCACUGGGUUGCCCCAAUCACAAGAACCUUGUUGACGAGCAUGGCAGAGAAAUGAAAAUAAAUUAUGACCAUGGUACCACAACAUUGGGCUUCAAAUACCAAGGGGGAAUUGUUCUUGCUGUAGAUUCAAGAGCUACUGGAGGACAGUACAUUGGAUCUGGAUCUGUAAAAAAAAUCAUUGAAAUCAAUGACUUUUUACUUGGGACUAUGGCUGGUGGAGCUGCCGAUUGUACCUAUUGGGAACGUGUUCUUUCAAAGCAGUGCAGAUUGUAUGAGUUGCGUAAUAAGGAACGCAUCUCUGUUGCUGCUGCAUCCAAACUGCUUGUGAAUAUGGUGUAUAAUUACAAAGGCAUGGGGCUUAGUAUGGGAGUAAUGAUUGCUGGUUGGGACAAGAAGGGCCCUGGUUUGUAUUAUGUUGAUAAUGAUGGUACUAGAACCCCAGGACAGGUCUUUUCUGUAGGAUCUGGAUCCCUAUAUGCGUAUGGUGUCCUUGACUCUGGCUACAGGCAUGAUCUUGAAGAUGAAGAAGCGUACGAACUCGGACGUAGGGCUAUCUAUCAUGCAACAUAUCGUGACGCAAGCAGCGGUGGUAUUAUUCGAGUCUAUCAUAUUAAAAGUACUGGAUGGGUCAAGAUUUCUGAACAAGAUUGCACAGAGCUUCAUUACCAGUAUGAAGAAGCUGAGCGUGGCUCUAAAUAAUUUCUUAUUAUUUCAUUCAAUCUGAACUUCUUGAUUCAUUAUGGUAAAUGAAAUACAUUUAAUAAAGUUUGA